AUGGGGUCCCCAAGUUUCCUAAACCAUUCCUUCCAGUUCAGUAUACCGAAGCCUUGUCCUCUUCAUUUGGAUUAUUCCCGUAAAUCUGUCAGAUUUGUUCAACCAGAAAGAAAACGUACUCUUCCCAUAUCAGGCUGGGCAGCAGUUCCUCAAUUUUCUCGCCCCUUCCGGACUCUGAGUCUCCGUGGGGAGGGGCGUGACCAACCCGGGGCGCGCAAGCAGGCAGGCGACUCCACGCGCGGCUUUUUUUUCUCGCCGAGACUGGAGCCUCGGCGUCGAUCCUGCGGGCGCUGGUGCCGUCGCUUGGCAAGCUUGUCGGCCGACCAUGUUCCCAGAAAGCUGAUUGCAGCCGGGCAGCCGCGACGGCUCUGCCGCCGCCAUCCCAGUGAGCUGGAAUUGGUAACGCGCCCCAAGUUGGUCCUGCGGGAGGCCGCUCCCCAGCAACCCAAAGAGGCGUCCGGGCCGGGCGGCGGCGAUAGCAGCCUCGCUACCACCUUUACCAUCAUCUCGACCAGCAGCAGCAGCAGCAGCAGCACCUGCUCUGACUCCCCCAGCACCAUGGACCUCUCCUUCAUGGCCGCGCAGCUUCCAGUUAUGGGAGGAGUGUUUAUGGACUCACCCAAUGAAGAAUUUAGCACGGAAUAUUCUUUGUUUAAUUCAUCUGCCAAUGUCUACAAUGCUGCCUCAGUGCCAAACCAGCCAGAAGAGACAUCUCGUUCUUCAAAUGAUGCCAUUUUGUUAUGGAUUGCAAUUAUAGCCACAAUUGGGAACAUUGUAGUUGUUGGAGUUGUGUAUGCAUUUACGUUUUGAGAAGUAAAGAAGACAACUCUGGGAGACAAGAGUUGCUUUGCCAUCAUUCCUAAGAGCAGAUGUAUGUGUAUGUAUGUAACAUUAUGUGCACAUACCUAUAUAAAAUGUAAAUCUUUAUACAUAUUGGUAGGUAGAUGUAAUUUCUUAUCUAAGGUCCCAAUUAACAGCAAGUGGCAAACAGAAUCACCAAAAUACCCUUUACAAAAAGACUUUUGUAAAUUAUGUGGAGUUGAAACAUAAUUUACACCAUAGCCAAUUAAAUAUGGAUCUAACAUGAAAGGUCAAUGCAUAUAAAUGGAAAAGCAGAUUUGUUCAUCAAGGGCUCUAUUGUGAAUCUAUAGGUUAUUUAAAUAACCUUUGGAUUAAACAUUGGAUACACCUUUUUUCUGAUAUUUUUUUUUUAGGGUAAGCCCCCCAGUUGUUACAUUCUGCAGCAGACGGCAGUGUAAUUCUAUUGCUCUCUAAAGACACAGAGCAAAUGAAAUUUCAAUUUGUUUUGAAGUCUGCUAGGGAAAAAUGGUCAGGGUGUUUACUCUUAAGUAGUGCAGAGCCUCACAAGUGAAAUGUACAUUAUUCACAGAAAUUUCACAGAUGGAUAGAUUCCUAUUGUAGGCCAGAUUUAAUUUUUCAAAGCUUUCUCUCUGGGAAUAAAAAGAAAUUGCGAGGAGUCCUAAAAAUAUCCACAUGUCUGAGUUUGAAAAAGCCCUAGGAGUUAGAAGUUCUCAUUUGGGGGAGACUGACUGGACAGGGCAAUUUUGCAAAAUGGAUGGAUUAAGAAUCUUUCCUUUCGAGAGUGUUGUAAUUUUCCUAUGUAUUUUUAAGCGGUUGGAAACCAAACUACUGAAUUUGAACUAUCCAGUUGGAAUAGGGUUGGAGGGCUUGAGAAAAGAAAUUUAGAGGUAACCAAUUGCAACUCCAAAAGUUAUCUUACCUCGAGCUUAUAGUACAAAUUAGGGUGCGCCAAUCUUUCUUCAGACUAAGAACCUUAUUGGAAGUAUUCUAUAACUCUAUGCUAUAAAAUAUGUUCUCCUUUUGCCAAUUUUAUGGAGAUGUACGUAUUUUAAAAUGGAUAUUUUUGAUCUUUUUAAGAAACUUUUUAAUCAAACAUAUUUAUGUGUAAUUUUUUGUUUUCUUUAUAACAUAAUGGAUCUUUUUUGUUUAUCUAAUUCAUUUAUAAUCUGUUUUUCCUCCAGAAAUGUAAGGAAACUCCUUUUCCAAGUUUAUGCUAUAACUGCAGCCCUGAGAAAUAAGUUAACUAAGAACUUUUAACUGGGGCGCUAAGAAUGAUUAGCUUAAGGUUAUCUGAUAAGUUGCUAUUGAAGAAGGACUUGAAUCUGGUCCUAAUCCAAUAUCUAAACCAUCAUAUGACAUUGGCUGUCAUCAUAUGAUUUGAGGUACCAAACUUUUCUUCUUUCUCUUCAUAUUAUCCCAUAUAAAUAACUGACAAGUAGUCAUUGUCCAUUAAGAUUGUGUAAAGAUUUCAAAAGAUGCUUUGUGAAAUUGAUUGAUGCCUCCUUAAAGUGAUGGGGCAAUCUUCUAUGAAUGUCUUGACCUAGUUGUUUCAAACUUUUUUUCCCCAAAUUAUUUCAGCAGGCACAUUCUGGUAGCCACCAAUGAGAAAAUUCAUGAGCUCUGCUCUUUCUUCUGAUGGGUCAUUUCUUUUUUAACUGAUAUUAGACGAGAUAGUUCUUUAAAUAGAUGAUCCUUGGGACUUGCAGUUAUCAUAAUGUCUCCAUGUUUCAUGGAGUUAUCAUAAUGUCUCCAUGUUGAAAGAGAUUUCAACACUUUCUGGCUACUUUUGCACGCAAAAUGAAUUUCCCCAAUUUCUUCACUUAAUUUAAAACAUAAAUUAAAAGUAAAGUUAAUUUUACAUUCCCUAAUGAUUUCAAGAACAUUUCCAUCUUCAGGAUUAACCAUUGCUUUCUAGUAGCUCUGUAAAAUGUCCACAGUUUUACCAUAUCUUACAAUGCAGGCCUACUUUUGCAUAUACUAUGAAACAGCAAAUCAAAUUAUACUCCUUUUUUCCCCCUCCCAGCUGCUCAUUCUUUAUGAUUUUGCCAGCAAAAUGUUUCACUCAGAUUAAUUUGUUUUAUCGAAGUCAGCAGUAUGAGUAGUCCUCUACUUAUGACACAUGAUCAUUUUAUGACCUUUUUGCAACAGUUGUUAAGUGAAUCACUGCAGUUGUUAAGUUAGUAACAUGAUUGUUAAGUGAAUCUGGCUUCCCCGUUGACUUUGCUUGUCAGAAGGUUGCAAAAGGUUAUCACAGGGCCAUUGGACACUGCAACCGUCUAAAUAUAUGCCAGUUGUCAAGCAUCCAAAUAUUGACCAAAUGACCACAGGAAAGCUGCAAUGAUCAUAGGUGUGAAAAAUAAUCAUGUUACUUUUUUCUAUGCCAUUGUAACCUCAGACAGUCACUAAAUGAAUGGUUAUAAGUAGAGAACUACCUGUACUUUCUUUUUCAAAAUUUGAAAUAUCCUCUGUGGAUUAAAAAAAAGACUAUAAUUAACAAGAAGACUAGCAUAGAAUUGAUAAUGUUUUAGAAAGAGGAAUAAAAAGUAAUCUUGUGGAACAUGUGCAAUUAUCCUCGAAAGCACGAUUCCAUCUCCACAUUUUGUCAGACUUCGAUGCUAUCUCAAAAUAAAUGAAUUUCCAAACUGCCAAUCUUUAAGGAAAUCUUUUCUUUAAUUGAGCACAGCCACCGGAUCAUGACUCGAUGCGGAUAAGACUGACCUUUUGCCCCCCAAUCCCUCCCUUUCUGAUCCCCAAAUAUCUGCUUCUCAUUGGCUAUCUUCCAAGUCAUUCUUCAGACUUCUUGUCACGUCAUUUCCCAGGAAUGUCUCCCCCCUUCAUUUCCACGACAACCGGACAUCAAAGGGAUUUAGCAGGCAGAAGUUCAGAGCUUCUCUCUCUCUCUCUCUCUCUCUCUCUCUCUCUCUCUCUCUCUCUCUCUCUCUCUCUCUCUAUGCCAGCGAAACGUCUCAUGAGACAAUUCAUGAGAAUUGUCUCAUGAAUUGCUGGUUCUCAUUAUUCUGUGAGUGUUAGUUGCUCCUCCAAAAAUGUCUGUACCCAAGAUCUGUUUGUGGAAGAGAGUAGAAACUUUCUUACCCUUUCUCUUCCUGACCACACUGAAUUGCUCAGGUUCUUCCAAAGCAUUGCGCUUUCAGAGUUGUCAAUCCAGCUAGAUUGGAUGAAUUGAGGCAGAGGAGGAAAUAUGUAUAUCCAAGAAGUUUCCUGAUUAAAGAAAUGAAAGUUGGACAAGGCAUUUUUUUUUCUUGAAAAAUCUAAACUGACCUGGUAAUUACCACAGUCAGGGUUUGUUUGUUUUUUUACUAAACAUGUAAUUGUUCAUAAUUCUAUAAUACAGAAUAGGAAGAUGACAGCAUAUCAGAAAUAACUAUUUGUAAUGGUGAGGAAGCCAAAAUUGUUACUGCAGGUACGUGAUUAUAUCCCUUGUGUCAAUUAUUGUUAAAGAAGGACCCAAUUUUUAAUAUCAAUCAUAGUGAUGAGAUUGCUGUCAUUUCUAAUUCUCACCGAACUAUGGAGAUGAAAGGGAUACCAUCUUUCUGCUCAGUGCAAGAAUCUUGCUACUAACAGUAUCCAAAUAAAUAGUAAUUUAACUUCUGCUUAAAUACCUCUAGUAAGGAAUAGCCCAUUAUUUCUUAACACAGUCUGUUUAAUUUCUACAAUGAAGAAGCUUAACUCAAAUCCUCUAUCCUGCAUUAAUUCUAGUUCUGCUCUGUACAUCACCUGGACGGAUCCCAUUUUUCAUAAACAUUUUAAAAUCAUGGUGUCCUCUUGAGCAUUAAGACUGUAAUCAGUAAAAGUGCAUUCUUUCUUGAGCUGAGUUUGGCUCCAGGUGGCUUCAUGGACAUAUCUUUGUAUUUUUUGGCAACAACACAAAAGUAGUUUUGCCCUUGCCAGCUGAGGCUAGGCCACUGCCUUCUUCAGACAUUCCUGGUAACAAUUACAAGCUUAAAUCUUUUUUUAUAAAACUAUGUGAAUUCAUUUUAAAUAGAAGGGACGAUAUCAUACAUUAUUUUGGAACCUCAGUAAUGUAAAUGAGAAACAUUUGUUUUGAUAACUGUGAACAGGUGGUGUGUGAUGUAAUAAACUGUUGCUGCUUUGCAUUUUCUAAUCCAUCUUGACAACAACUUUAGAAUCAAAGCUGUUUAUAAAAAUGCAUCUUGUAUACAAAGUUGCAAUGUUCUAUGUUAACAAUUUUGAUGUAAAUUUAUAAUGUGAGUAGUUCUAUAGUAAGUGGAUAGAUAUAUUUUAUUUAUACAAAAACUAUUUUGCAAGACUGUGUGUAUUCUCUCUUGCUGUUCUUUUGCAAUCAGGUGGUAAUCGUUCACAUGUUUAUGAAGCUUUGCACAACAUGCCACUGUUUUGCAAAACAUACCCUCCCUGCUUUUCUUAAGUAUUUUAAGGCAAUAGUCAUUCAGACAAGUAGAGUAAUCCUAAAAUUUAUAUUGUAGUGCACGCCAAAAUGAAAACCCUGAAUUUGGUUUUGUUAGAAACCUGGUAUUUUCAUAGGAGCAAUGUUAAAUAUUUUGCCUUUAAUAAUUUUUAAGAAUGUCCAUACGAAACAAGAGACCGGGUACUGAAACUGCCAUUUAAAAGUUUUGUGAGCAUUACACCAAGGUACUAUAUUUAAUUAAAAUGAUAUCUCUAUCACGUUUUCCCGAAAAUACGACCUAACCCAAAAGUAAGUCCUAGCUUGAUUUUUACACGUGUGCUCAAUAUACACCUUACAUCCCCCCCCAAUAAUCCCUAAUUAAGAACUCACCCACUCCAGGGUGCACAGGUAAGGAUUAAGCUAGGGUGGGGAGGGGGUGGAGCUGCCCUACUACCCUAUUUCCCCCCAAAUAAGACUUCCCCUGAUAAUAAGCCCAAUCGGGUUUUUGAGCGCAUGGCAAUAAGGCCAAGCGCUUAUUUCAGAGUUCAAAAAAAUAUAAGACAGGGGAAAUUUUCGGGAAAACAUGGUACUUGCCUUCGGACAGUUGCAGCCAGGGCUCGCACACCCCGACACCUGUCUUGCUAGCUGGCAAGGCUUCUACUUCUGCAGCUGGCAAGGCUUUCCUGAUAGAGCUCUGUUAUUGGCUGCAAAGGCCUUCAGGAAAGCCUUGCCAGCUGCAGAAGAGGUUCCUGAAGGCCUCUGACAAUGAAAAGGAGGCCAGGGGCGACAUGCACAAGUGAGGUGAGUGGACGAAAUCUCCCCCGCCCAAAAAAAAUAAGACCUAGUGCCUUUUUUGUUGGCAAAAAUAAUAUAAGACAGGGUCUUAUUUUUGAAGAAACAUGGGUAAAUUCCAUCUAAUUGGAGCACUGCACUGCCAUUGUCAAAUAACCCCAUCAGGAGUUUAUCUGCACUGCACUGACAAUUGUACUGCCAUUGUCAAGUACAGUGGGGCAAAAAAGUAUUUAGUCAGCCACCAAUUGUGCAAGUUCUCCCACUUAAAAAGAUGAAAGAGGCCUGUAAUUGACAUCAUAGGUAGACCUCAACUAUGAGAGACAAAAUGAGAAAACAAAUCCAGACAAUCACAUUGUCUGAUUUGGAAAGAAUUUAUUUGCAAAUUAUAAUGGAAAAUAAGUAUUUGGUCACCUACAAACAAGCAAGAUUUCUGGCUCUCAAAGACCUGUAACUUCUUCUUUAAGAGGAUUCUCUGUCCUCCACUCAUUACCUGUAUUAAUGGCACCUGUUUGAACUUGUUAUCAGAAUAAAAGAGACCUGUCCACAACCUCAAACAGUCACACUUCAAACUCCACUAUGGUGAAGACCAAAGAGCUAUCAAAGGACACCAGAAACAAAAUUGUAGACCUGCACCAGGCUGGGAAGACUGAAUCUGCAAUAGGCAAGCAGCUUGGUGUGAAGAAAUCAACUGUGGGAGCAAUAAUUAGAAAAUGGGAGACAUACAAGACCACUGAUAAUCUCCCUUGAUCUGUGGCUCCACGCAAGAUCUCACCCCGUGGGGUCAAAAUGAUCACAAGAACAGUGAGCAAAAAUCCCAGAACCACAUGGGGGGACCUAGUGAAUGACCUGCAGAGAGCUGGGACCAAUGUAACAAAGGCUACCAUCAGUAACACACUACGCCGUCAGGGACUCAGGUCCUGCAGUGCCAGACGUGUCCCCCUGCUUAAGCCAGUACAUGUCCAGGCCCAUCUAAAGUUUGCUAAAGAGCAUUUGGAUGAUCCAGAAGAGGAUUGGGAGAAUGUCAUAUGGUCAGAUGAAACCAAAGUAGAACUGUUUGGUAGAAACACAAAUCGUGUUUGGAGGAGAGAGAAUGCUGAGUUGCAUCCAAAGAACACCAUACCUACUGUGAAGCAUGGGGGCGGCAACAUCAUGCUUUGGGGCUGUUUCUCUGCAAAGGGACCAGGACGACUGAUCCGUGUACAGGGAAGAAUGAAUGGGGCCAUAUAUCGUGAGAUUUUGAGUGCAAACCUCCUUCCAUCAGCAAGGGCAUUGAAGAUGAAACGUGGCUGGGUCUUUCAGCAUGACAAUGAUCCCAAACACACCGCCCGGGCAACGAAGGAGUGGCUUCGUAAGAAGCAUUUCAAGGUCCUGGAGUGGCUUAGCCAGUCUCCAGAUCUCAACCCCAUAGAAAACCUUUGGAGGGUGUUGAAAGUCCGUGUUGCCCAGCGACAGCCCCAAAACAUCACUGCAUGGAGGAAUGGGCCAACAUGCCAGCAACAGUGUGUGCCAACCUUAUGAAGACUUACAGAAAAUGUUUGACCUCUGUCAUUGCCAACAAAGGAUAUAUAACAAAGUAUUGAGAUGAACUUUUGAUAUUGACCAAAUACUUAUUUUCCAUCAUAAUUUGCAAAUAAAUUCUUUCCAAAUCAGACAAUGUGAUUGUCUGGAUUUGUUUUCUCAUUUUGUCUCUCAUAGUUGAGGUCUGCCUAUGGUGACAAUUACAGGCCUCUCUCAUCUUUUUAAGUGGGAGAAUUUGCACAAUUGGUGGCUGACUAAAUACUUUUUUGCCCCACUGUAUAAGCCCAACAACGGGACCAAAUCAGUCUCCUUACAUUUGCCAUUGAUUCAAGCCUUAUUAUUGAUUUGGAGGUAAAGCAAAUAGGAAGAUAUCCAUAAAUAAGUCACAGGUGAAAUUAGAGAUAAGUGAGAUAUUACCCUUGUAUAGGUGUAGAAAUUAUCCAGGAUAAGAAACACAGAGGGAUGUAACAAAGAAUGAAAAUUAAGUCCAAAUAAGUCCUGCUAUGUAUAGUUGACUUGCUAACAUAUUGUAAUACAAGUGUCAGGCUUCCCAGGUUAACUUGGAAGAGGUUUCUAACAUUUUAUUUGAGGAAAAGAUUAUUUUAUAUAGUUCCUGAUUGUGUAGAGUAGAGUUUCCCUUGGCAUCUUUAAGACAUGUGGACUUCAACUCCCAGAAUUCCCCAGCCGGCAUGACUGGCUGGGAAAUUCUGGAAGUUGAAGUCCAUGUUUCUUAAAGUUCCCGUGGUUGAGAAACCCUGGUAUAAGAGAAUUCUGUUGUCUUUAACCAAGACACUCUGUUUUAAAUCUGUUGUGAUUCAAAGACUGAGAAUUGAAUGGUCAGAACUGAAAAUAACGAAGGCCAACAAUUAUGUUCUAUCCUAAACACGUCUUAGCUCAGGUAAACUGUAUGCUUGCAUGACACUAGGAAAAAGAUAUGAGAAGCUACAGAACCAAGUAAAGAUGAAGUUUACAUAUUGAUAAUUAACAGAAUAAUACAUGAUAGAUUAUCAUCUUAAUUGACAAGAUUAUGAUAAACUUGUAAUCUUUGAUGAAAUACUUUAUAUAGUCUCGCUUUAAACACUUUCUUAUACUUGUUGAUUCUUUUGGAAACACCAUCAAUUGUACAUUUUUUUUCUUAUAUAAAUUGGUCUACUGAUACUUUUACUCUUGUAAAAUAGUCUUGUUAGAUGGGGAUUCUGAAUAGGGGAGAAAAAUCCAGAUGUUUUCUUUCUACUUGGGUUUUGCAAAACGACUUGUACAUUUAUGACUGAGUUAAGCAAAUGAUGCUUUAUAGUCUUCACUAUUGAUGUAAUUAUUAUUAUUGACUGAGUAGGUUGCAGAUGCCUUUGUUAAAUAGAUAACUUGUGCUUUAAAAGAACCUGAUAUUAAAGUAAUGUUUGUAAAUGUUAA